UCUAAAUUCAUAAAUUUCAAUUUGUGUUGUUACCAUUUGUAGUAUAAAACUCGUAUUGAACUUGUAGCAAAUUUUAAACAGAUAAAAUGCGUUUAAAUUUUCUCAAGAGCGGAGAUAGCAAUAUAUCCGGCUUUAUUUGAUCAACAAUGGAGUCGAAACGUUAUCGGAUGCUUUGAAACGUGAUGUAACUGGAUGUACAUACAUACAUAUGUAACGUUAUGUGUAUAACAUCGGAGCUUAUUGACACCGGCAUUGAAACACUGCUAGUGUCUAUGUCUGAUCGGUCUGAUCGGUCUGAUCGUCAUGAACGUUGUUUAUAUCUGAUCGUUUGACAGUCGUUUAAAGUUUAGCGUGAUGUGCAAAAUGGAUUAUUUUUUAUGAGCAUGAGAAACGCAGUUUUCACUGAUCGUAUAAGGUUUCCGAAGUAAACGAGAAUGAAACUACAUCGUGAUUUCGAUGCGUUGCAACGUGGAAGUGCGCUAGCUUAAUUAUACGUUUCGAAUGUUUUCCUCUAUCAUCUUUAAGUGCGAAACUCUACGGGACACUUCGCGGUAUAAUGGCAGCUCAUAAGACAGGCGGGCAAAGUGCCCGAAAGAAAGUACAGGUGUCUAUGGUUAUAAGAGAUGAAGUGGAAAAAAGACAUAGAGCUGGAGUUAAUUCCUUACAAUACGAUCCAGCUUUGCAUAGGCUUUAUUCUGCAGGUAGAGAUAGUAUUAUAAGGAUAUGGAAUUGUAAAAACAUGAAGGAUCCGUAUAUCCAAUCGAUGGAGCAUCAUACAGAUUGGGUCAACGAUAUAGUAUUAUGUUGUGGUGGUAAAAAUUUGAUAUCAGCUAGUUCUGACACAACGGUAAAAGUAUGGAAUGCCCAUAAAGGUUUCUGCAUGUCCACGUUAAGGACGCAUAAAGAUUAUGUAAAAGCAUUAGCAUAUGCUAAAGAUAGAGAGCAAGUUGCUAGUGCAGGCUUAGAUAAAUCAAUCUUUUUAUGGGAUGUGAACACGUUAACUGCUCUUACAGCAAGCAACAAUACAGUAACAACAUCUUCUCUUAGUGGAAAUAAAGACUCUAUAUAUAGCCUUGCCAUGAACCAGACUGGAACAAUUAUAGUAAGCGGUAGUACAGAAAAAGUUUUAAGAGUAUGGGAUCCAAGAUAUUGUACUAAACUAAUGAAACUUCGUGGUCACAUGGAUAACAUUAAAGCAUUAGUAUUAAAUAGAGAUGGUACUCAAUGUUUGUCUGCUAGUUCAGAUGGAACGAUUAAACUUUGGUCAUUAGGACAACAAAGAUGUAUUCAGACUUAUAGAGUACAUAAAGAAGGUGUUUGGGCUUUGCUGGCAACUGAAACCUUCAGUCAUGUGAUAUCAGGAGGUAGAGACAAAAGAGUUGUAAUGACUGAAUUAUCCUGUUAUCCUGAAAGGUAUACUGUCAUAUGCGAAGAAAAAGCACCUGUACUAAAAAUGGCAAUGACACCUGAUCAGUCCAGCAUCUGGGUGGCAACUAGUGAAUCUACUAUAAAUAAUUGGUCUAUAAGCCAAAAGGAUUGGCAAGAAUUAGGAAUUGAAGAUUACUGUGACUCUGCUAGUGGGGUAACAUCAAAUGUGCGAAAUACAGAACCUGCACAAAAGAUAUUAGGAGGACCCGCAAUUCGGCAUUGUCAUGUUUUAAAUGAUCGAAGACACGUUUUAACAAAAGAUACCGAAGAAAAUGUAGCUUUGUAUGAUGUAUUAAAGGCGCGUAAAGUUGAAGAUCUUGGAAAAGUAGAUUUUGAGCAAGAGAUAAAAAAAAGAAAUAAAAUGGUAUAUGUUCCAAAUUGGUUUAGCGUAGAUCUUAAAACUGGGAUGUUGACCAUUCAUUUAGGACAAGAUGAAAAUGAUUGCUUUUCUGCAUGGGUUUCUGCAAAAGAAACUGGUCUUGCAGAAAAUGAAGCGGUUGAUCAGAAAGUGAAUUAUGGAAAUCUUUUAUUACAAGCUUUACUUGAACAUUGGUGGAGACCACUGCAUGCUGAUGAUGAAAAUGAAGGUAAUAGCAAUGAUGGUAAUGGUUCUAUACACACAAGGGGAGGAAAUCCAUAUUUUUCAGUACCUACUCAUACGCCUGUUAUAUUUAGUGAAGUAGGAGGAAGACCUUUAUACAGAUUAUUAGUUAGAGAUGCUGCAGGAGAAAUGGAGGGUGUUCUCCUAAAUGAAACAGUACCAGCCUGGGUAGUUAAUAUUGUUGUGGACAAAAAUCUUCCACAAUUUACUAAAAUAUCUUUUUAUCUUCUUCCACAUGCCACAUCUGGUGUAAAAAGUCUUAAAAAGGAUCGCUUGAUUGCAAACGAUUUUAUACAAAUUCGUAAAGUAGCCGAACAUGUUUGCGAUAAAGUGCUUGGUGCAGGAAGCGAUUCGGGAUCAGUGGCUGGUGCUGGAAAUACUGUUUCUGGAGGUUCCCCAGCGGGAGAUAGAACAAAUACAGAUUCAAACGCUGAUAAUUCUUCGCUGGCCGAAGAAAAAGUAGAACUAUUAUGUAACGAUCAAGUUCUAGAUCCUUCCAUGGAUUUAAGAACGGUCAGACAUUUUAUCUGGAAAAGUUCGGCGGACUUAACACUACAUUAUCGGCCAGUAAAAUAGUUAGGGCUUAGUACAUCAGAACAGGGAUCUCUAAAAUGUGCUUGGUUUUUUACUAUCGUAAAAAUAACAGGAGAUAUGUGGACUAAUUGCAGAAUAUGGCACCUUGCGCUAUCUCCUUUUCAUGAAAUGUUCAAUCGAUUUUCGAUGGGUGUUUCAUUAGAAGCUGUAACUGAGGACGAAUAAAAACCAGGUUACAUACAAAGUAUUUAAAAGUGAAUGUGUUUAAAGGCAAUAAUGUGUGGAAGUAUUAGCAUAAAUUGUUCGUGUUUGUAUAUAUCCUGAGGCCAAAAUCAACCUUACAACAUAAAAUAGUAAUUUCAUUUAGUCUGCUUUCAGAUACGUGUGUUUUUUGUAUUUAGGUAUAGAGUAUUAAAUGCUUACUGUCAGCCAUUUAUAGUCUUCCCACUUCGAAAGUACCAACGAAAAAAGUUAAGUACAAAAUGCUGCAUGGUCCAGGAAAUUAUUAAGUAUCAUCUUUAAAUGCCAUGUUCACAUUAUGCUUCUCAAAGCUUCUGUGUUAAUUCUACUUAGUUUUAUUUUAUAAUUUAUAAGUAGUACCAUUUAACUAACUGGUCGUGUAUUCAUUGAACAAAUGAAAUCUGAUAUGUAUGAAUAGCUUUCCACACAUCUGCCUUGUUAUCUUAAAGAAUGGAAGUUAUUAAAGGGAAAAGGGAAAAGGGAAAUGUCAAUUUACUACUAAUCAAAUAAUAAUUGAGCAGCCAAAUUAACAAUUGAAUAUUUCCUAUUGAUCGUAUGGGAAAUAACCAUUAUAUUUGUCUUCGAUGUAAUAAGAUCAAAUUCUGCCUUUAGUAAACUUGCAUUGAUUAAAUUUAUAUUUAUUCGAUAACAUCGACAGAAUUUGGUCUUAAGAGACAAGUUCAACACAUAAAAAAAUAUGUAGUUAAUCGUACUUUAAAUAUUCACCCUCCUAGAAUUCUACAAGUUGUACAUAUAAAUGAGACUGUAAGUAACGUCCCCUGGUUAUGGUGAUGGGCUGUAUAAAUAAAAUUGAAACAAAUAUUGUAUCAAAAACUAAAGCCUUUACGCCAAUUCUAUGAAUUUGGGAUAAAAGCUUGACUUUUCUAAAACAAAGAGAGUAUACUGUUCUUUAUUGAUACGGCCCU